CUUGACAGUAAGGUGAUGCAUGCAACAUUGGAAACAGAUAAUGAAGAACAGCGAAUGGCUUCUUGUGUACACUACAUGAUGUCCAGUGAGAGCCGAGAAUCUGGAUAUGUGGACAACUGGCAGUCAGGGAAGACUGUCGCAGAGUGUAAUCUGCGCAUGCUCAACACGGAAGACUUAAGUGACGUCACCUUCCGUGUAGGAUCAGAGAAACAGGUGGUCCGAGCUCACCGCUACGUUCUUGUCAGUCGCAGCUGUGUCUUCCAUGCCAUGUUCUGUGGCCCCCUGGCAGAGACAGGGGAGGUAACCAUCCCUGACAUUGAGGCAGACAUCUUCAAAGAGUUCUUGAGGUAUGUGUACACAGACAAGGCCACUAUCGACGCUGAAACAGUCACAGGACUAAAGUACACCUCCAAGAAAUAUUCUCUGGAUGCAUUGUAUAAUCUGUGUGAAACGUUCAUUGAAGAGUCCAUGUCAGAAGACAAUGUCUGUCACAUCCUGGAGGAGUGUCAUGGUUACGGGGAGCUGGACGUGGAACAGAAGGCCCUGGAGAUUCUUACUAAAGGAGGGAAGGAAGUCAUCCAAUCUCCCGGCUUUGUGAAACUUUGCUCUGAUUGUAUGAAUAAGUUUGUUAGGUCAGAUGUUUUAUAUUUGAAAGAAGAAGACGUAUUUGACGCAGUGGUGUCUUGGACAAAGGAAAGAUGCCGUGAGGAAGGUGUGAGUGACACACCCGAGAACAUACGGAGACUCCUGGGAGAUAUGAGAUAUGAGAUUCGGUUUACCAGCAUCCCCCUGGAGAAUCUGGUGAAGGUUGUCGGCCGAUCUGGGGUGGUGACAAAGGAUGAGAGAACGCGAAUAAUUGAGAGAACUGUUGACACAACUGUUGACAUAUCUCCAUUUAAACAUUCACAGAGAAAUACUAUUGGUUGGAAACUGAAAGCAUCCUGUAAACGAGUAUCUAGGCUGCGUAAACCUAGUUGUAGUUUUAGAAGUGGGAGAAAUGCUAUCUCCUUCUCACCUAGUCGGAGCAUUCUCCUACUGGGGUGUCAGCUGUAUGGUGGGUUGGGUGAUCCAGAGUAUACACUGUCAAUAAGAGUGUAUGGCGCCAAUAACGAGGUGAUUGAUGAACCUGUCGUGAAUACAAAGAUGACGCUUCAAGCCAGUAGACAGGGGAUUGACGUCCUGUUUCCCAGGUUUAUUUCCCUCACAGCAGGUGCGACCUAUACUCUGUGUGUGGACAUGGAGGGACCUGCAAAUUACUCAGGUGAGGGAGGAAAGGAUACAGUAACAGUGAAUGGGGUACAGUUCACAUUUACAGACUCUCCAAUGUCUACUACAGACACAUCAACACAGAUAGGACAGAUACCUGGUUUGUUGUACAGUCUCCCGCCGCCAUAGGCAGUACUGGUAUAUCAGGUGUGUUUCGCUGACUGCUAUGGCGAUGAUAUAUGAUAAUUUGAUAUCAAGCAAACCAUAUCAUCUUCCAUAUGAUCAUAUUAACAGGUUGAAUCCCAUUAAAUUCCAUCUGACUGUCAGUGACAUCUGGCUUGAACUCACUGGUGAUGUAGACUACGUUAUAUCUAUGUAGUACAGGGAGUAAAUCAACACUGAACCAAUUCCCACCUAUACUACAUUGUUGUUUGCACCUUUCAGAAUACAUGAGAGGUCAAGGAGGUGAUUGCUGAUAUUUGCUUCGAAAUAAAUGUUAAGAUUUGUAGAUAUAGCCCGUAGGUCCCAAACUGUGAGGUAUCUUACCUACUGACGUCAACAGCAAAAUGUAUUGUGCGUGGUUGGAUUGAUGCCUGAAGCUGUAGUGCAAGUCUGUAGUGACUAAUGAAGGGUGAAGGUCGUUUUGGUUACUCACCGUUUGUAGGGCACGUGAAAACAUAAAUGCACGUGUGCUUUGUUUUGUGUUUUGUUAAUCAUACUUCCCCUUGAUAUUGAUCAGGACAUUGCGGCUGAACUAUGCUGUAUCUAAGAUGUGGUUUUGUAUUAAGUGGACCCGUGAAUAUCCAGGGUAGAAUAGGUCUUCAGCAACACAUGCUUGUCGUAAGAGGCGAGUAACAGUUUCGGAAGGACAUGUCAUUGUAUCCCAAUUACGGAAUGAUGCUCAUGAUAUCAAUCACUGGAUUAUCUGGUCCAGACCCGAGUAUUUACAGACCGCCGUCAUAUAGCUGUAAUACCGCUAAGUGCGGCGUUAAACAAACAAAAAUGUGUUCAGUGAUAGAUUACUUCUAUUCUCUUCGACAACAAAAGUACGGACUGGUUCGUUGAAAGUCGUAGUGCUAAAUCUAUUGCAAGUGUGAUCAGUUUAACAACUACAGUCAAUCCGAUAAGCAAUAUAUAUAUUCCUUAUGUUAGACAUGAGUUGCAAAAGAGUUAUUUAUACCCAAUGAUCAAUCACCCUUUUAAUCAGCCCUCUGUUGCUAUUCAAGACGAAUGUGUACUUGUUUAUUAUAAUCUCGUUAAUGUUGCCUAUUCAGUAAACUAUGGUUAUAGCGAACUCAAAGGGACCACAAAUUCUAGUUCUUUAUAACCGUAAUUCGU